AUGAAGAGAAAGUCAGUGGUCCACUGCAAGAGGAAAGUGACUCUACAGCUGCGCAAAGUGAGCCGCCCGCUGCAUGAGGAAAGGCCAGAUGUGAUCAAGGACCUCCUAGUGUCGGAAAUCACAACAUCAUCUGUAUUUCUGAAAUGGGAAGAAUCAACUGGAUAUAGAUCUUUCUUUAAAAUCCAGUGGACUGAUGAUAAAACAAAUGCAACUACUAACACUUCCUAUCUCAUCACUGGUCUGACUUCUGGAGUCAAUUACACAUUCUGCAUCACUGCAGUAGCGGCAGAUCAAUCAACAGAAAGAGAAUCUGUCUGUAUCUCAGCAUGGACCAAACCUGACAUCAUUAUGAACCUGACAGCUGAUGAUAUUACAACAUCCUCUGUUUUACUAAACUGGAUUAAACCAUAUGGCCAAAGCUCUCGUUACCGUGUAGAAUAUGAAAAUAACAAUGUGACUGCAGAAGACACCUCCAUCAAGUUAAAUGAUCUGAUUCCUGGAGCACAGUACACAUUCAGAGUGUUUGCAGUUGCAGCUGAUCAUGUGACCGAGGGGAGAGCCAAUAAGAUUUCACUUUAUACCAGGCCAGAUGUGAUCAAGGACCUCCUAGUGUCGGAAAUCACAACAUCAUCUGUAUUUCUGAAAUGGGAAGAAUCAACUGGAUAUAGAUCUUUCUUUAAAAUCCAGUGGACUGAUGAUAAAACAAAUGCAACUACUAACACUUCCUCCUAUCUCAUCACUGGUCUGACUUCUGGAGUCAAUUACACAUUCUGCAUCACUGCUGUGGCGGCAGAUCAAUCAACAGAAAGAGAAUCUGUCUGUAUCUCAGCAUGGACCACUAUUGCAGCAGAUAAAUCAACAGAAGGAGAAUCAGUGGUUACCUCUAAAUAUACUAAACCUGACAUCAUUAUGAACCUGACAGCUGAUGAUAUUACAGCAUCCUCUGUUUUACUAAACUGGAUCAUACCAUAUGGUCAAAGCUCUCAUUACCGUGUAGAAUAUGAAAAUAAAAAUGUGUUUACAGAAAACCCCUCCAUCAAGAUAAAUGAUCUGAUUCCUGGAGCACAGUACACAUUCAGAGUGUUUGCAGUUGCAGCUGAUCAUGUGACCGAGGGGAGAGCCAAUAAGAUUUCACUUUAUACCAAGCCAAAUGUGAUCAAGAAUCUCAGAGUGUCUGAAAUCACAACAUCAUCUGUGUUUCUGACAUGGGAUGAACCAGCUGGAAAUAGAUCUUUCUUUAAACUUAAUUGGACCGAUCAAAAAUUUGACUUGAUCAGAAAUGCAAUAGCAACUACUAACACUUUCUAUAAUAUUACUGGUCUGACUUCUGGAGUCAAUUACACAUUUAUCAUCACAGCUGUGGCAGCAGAUAAAUCAACAGAAGGAGGAUCAGUGGCUACCUCAAAUUAUACUAAGCCUGACAUCAUUAUGAACCUCACAGCUGAUGAUAUUACAGCAUCCUCUGUUUUACUAAACUGGACUAAACCAUAUGGCCAAAGCUCUCGUUACCGUGUAGAAUAUGAAAAUAGCAAUUUGACUACUGAAAACACCUCCAUCAAAAUAGAUCAUCUGAUUCCUGGAGCACAGUACACAUUCAAAGUGUUUGCAGUUGCAGCUGAUCAUGUGACCGAGGGGAGAGCCAAUCAGAUGUCACUGCACACCAAGCCAGAUGUGAUCAGGGACCUCCUAGUGUAUGAAAUCACAACAUCAUGUGUGUUUCUGACAUGGGAAGAACCAACUGGAUCUAGAUCUUUCUUUAAAAUCCAGUGGAUUGAUGAUAAAACAAGUGCAACUACUGACACUUCCUAUCUCAUCACUGGUCUGACUUCUGGAGUCAAUUACACAUUCUGCAUCACUGCUGUGGCGGCAGAUCAAUCAACAGAAAGUGAAUCUGUCUGUAUCUCAGCAUGGACCAAGCCAGAUAUGAUCAAGAAUCUCAAAGUGACCGAAAUCACAACAUCGUCUGUGCUUCUGACAUGGGAUGAACCAUUUGGAAAUAAAUCUUUUUUUAAACUUAAUUGGACUGAUGAGAAAAAAUCUAAUCAUGUAACAACCAAUAACACAUGGUAUAACAUCACUGAUUUGACUGCUGGAGUCAAUUACACAUUUAUCAUCACAGCUGUUGCAGCAGAUAAAUCAACAGAAGGAGAAUCUGUGGUUACCUCUAAAUAUACUAAGCCUGACAUAAUUAUGAAUCUGACAGCUGAUGAUAUUACAUCAUCCUCUGUUUUACUAAACUGGAUUAAACCAUAUGGUCAAAGCUCUCGUUACCAUGUAGAAUAUGAAAAUAACAAUGUGACUACGGAAAACACCUCCAUCAAAAUAGAUCAUCUGACUCCUGGAGCAAAGUAUACAUUCAGAGUGUUUGCAGUUGCAGCUGAUCAUGUGACCGAGGGGAGAGCCAAUCAGAUUUCACUGUAUACCAAGCCAGAUGUGAUCAAGUAUCUGAGAGUGUCUGAAAUCACAACAUCAUCUCUGUUUCUUGCAUGGGAUGAACCAGCUGGAAAUAGAUCUUUCUUUAAACUUAACUGGACUGAUGAGAAAACAUCUUAUCAUUUAAAAACCAAUAACACAUGGUAUAACAUCACUGAUCUGACUGCUGGAGUCAAUUACACAUUUAUCAUCACAGCUGUUGCAGCAGAUAAAUCAACAGAAGGAGAAUCAGUGGUUACCUCUAAAUAUACUAAGCCUGACAUCAUUAUGAACCUGACAGCUGAUGAUAUUACAGCAUCCUCUGUUUUACUAAACUGGAUUAAACCAUAUGGCCAAAGCUCUUGUUAUCGUGUAGAAUAUGAAAAUAACAAUGUGACUGCUGAAAACACAUCCAUCAGAAUAGAUCAUCUGACUCCUGGAGCAAAGUACACAUUCAGAGUGUUUGCAGUUGCAGCUGAUCAUGUGACCAAGGGGAGAGCCAAUAAUAUUUCACUGUACACCAAGCCAGAUGUGAUCAAGAAUCUCAGAGUCUCUGAAAUCAGAACAUCAUCUGUGUUUCUGACAUGGGAUGAGCCAUUUGGAAAUAGAUCUUUCUUUAAACUUAAUUGGACCGAUCAGAAAUUUGACUUGAUCAGAAAUGCAAUAGAAACUACUAACACUUCCCUUCUUAUCACUGGUCUGACUUCUGGAGUCGAUUACACAUUCUGCAUCACUGCUGUGGCGGCAGAUAAAUCAACAGAAAGUGAAUCUGUCUGUAUCUCAGCAUGGACCAAGCCAGAUAUGAUCAAGAAUCUCAAAGUGACCAAAAUCACAACAUCGUCUGUGUUUCUUGCAUGGGAUGAACCAUUUGGAAAUAGAUCUUUUUUUAAACUUAAUUGGACUGAUGAGAAAACAUCUAAUCAUGUAACAACAAAUAACACAUGGUAUAACAUCACUGAUCUGACUGCUGGAGUCAGUUACACAUUUAUCAUCACGGCUGUUGCAGCAGAUAAAUCAACAGAAGGAGAAGCAGUGGUUGCUUCUAAAUAUACUAAACCUGACAUCAUUAUGAACCUGACAGCUGAUGAUAUUACGUCAUCCUCUGUUUUACUAAACUGGACUAAACCAUAUGGCCAAAGCUCUGGUUACCGUGUAGAAUAUGAAAAUAACAAUGUGACUACAGAAAACACCUCCAUCAAAAUAGAUCAUCUGACUCCUGGAGCAAAGUAUACAUUCAGAGUGUUUGCAGUUGCAGCUGAUCAUGUGACCGAGGGGAGAGCCAAUCAGAUUUCACUGUAUACCAAGCCAGAUGUGAUCAAGAAUCUGAGAGUGUCUGAAAUCACAACAUCAUCUGUGUUUCUGACAUGGGAUGAACCAUUUGGAAAUAGAUCUGUAUUUAAACUUAAUUGGACUGAUGAGAAAACAUCUUAUCAUGUAACAACAAAUAACACAUGGUAUAACAUCACUGAUCUGACUGCUGGAGUCAAUUACACAUUUAUCAUCACAGCUGUUGCAGCAGAUAAAUCAACAGAAGGAGAAUCUGUGGUUACCUCUAAAUAUACUAAGCCUGACAUCAUUAUGAACCUGACAGCUGAUGAUAUUACAACAUCCUCUGUUUUACUAAACUGGAUUAAACCAUAUGGUCAAAGCUCUUGUUACCAUGUAGAAUAUGAAAAUAACUAUGUGACUACUGAAAACACCUCCAUCAAAAUAGAUCAUCUGACUCCUGGAGCACAGUACACAUUCAGAGUGUUUGCAGUUGCAGCUGAUCGUGUGACCGAAGGGAGAGCCAAUCAGAUUUCACUGUAUACCAAGCCAGAUGUGAUCAAGAAUCUCAGAGUGUCUGAAAUCACAACAUCAUCUGUGUUUCUGACAUGGGAUGAGCCAUUUGGAAAUAGAUCUUUCUUUAAAAUCCAAUGGACUGGUGAUCAAAUAAAUGGAUAUUCAGCAACUAUUAACACUUACUAUAACAUCACUAGACUGACUGCUGGAGUAAAUUACACAUUAUGUAUCACUGCUCUUACUGCACAUAAUGUAGACGAAAGUGAACCUUUCUGCAUCUGCAAAUAUACUGAGCCAGAUGUGAUCAGUAAUCUCAGAGUGUCUGAAAUCAGAACAUCAUCUGUGUUUCUGAAAUGGGAAGAACCAUUUGGAAAUAGAUCUGUAUUUAAACUUAACUGGAAUGAUGAGAAAACAUCUAAUCAUGUAACAACCAAUAACACAUGGUAUAACAUCACUGAUCUGACUGCUGGAGUCAAUUACACAUUUAUCAUCACAGUUGUUGCAGCAGAUAAAUCAACAGAAGGAGAAGCAGUGGUUACCUCUAAAUAUACUAAACCUGACAUCAUUAUGAACCUGACAGCUGAUGAUAUUACAGCAUCCUCUGUUUUACUAAACUGGACUAAACCAUAUGGCCAAAGCUCUUGUUACCAUGUAGAAUAUGAAAAUAACUAUGUGACUACUGAAAACACCUCCAUCAAAAUAGAUCAUCUGACUCCUGGAGCACAGUACACAUUCAGAGUGUUUGCAGUUGCAGCUGAUCAUGUGACCGAAGGGAGAGCCAAUCAGAUUUCACUGUAUACCAAGCCAGAUGUGAUCAGGAAUCUCAGAGUGUCUGAAAUCACAACAACAUCUGUGUUUUUGACAUGGGAUGAACCAGCUGGAAAUAUAUAUUUCUUUAAACUACAAUGGACUGAUGAGAAAACAAGUGCAACUACUAACACUUCCUCCUAUCUCAUCUCUGGUCUGACUGCUGGAGUCAGUUACGCAUUCUGCAUCACUGCAGUGGCGGCAGAUCGAUCAACAGAAGGAGAAACAUUCUGCAUCUCACAAUAUACCAAAUUGGACAUUUGGCUGAUUGUUGGUGUAGCUUUGGCAGCGAUCUGUUUUCUCUUCAUCAUCAUUCUGAUUCUCUUCUUCUAUUCAAGAAGAAAAGCAAAGGAACAGUAUCCUGACAUCCCUUUACACAUUUUUAGUAAUACUGCUAUGAGAAUAGAUGAUUAUGAAGAGCAGUUUAAACGGAAGCAAGCAGAUGGUUUUGCUGAAGAGUUUGAGAAGUUGAAAGCUAUUGGAAUGGCACAGUCAAAAAACGCAGCCCAGGCUAUAGAAAACAAGGAGAAGAAUCGUGACGGCAGUGUGUUACCUUAUGAUGCUUCAAGAGUGAAGUUAUCAAAAUGUGGCAGCCCCUUUGAUGAUUACAUUAAUGCCAGCUAUGUCCCAGGCUACAAGUCAAGAGAAGAGUUUAUAGCUGCUCAGUGUCCGUUGCCCACCACAGUGGAUGAAUUUUGGAGAAUGAUAUGGGAGAAGAACGUCUACACUAUAGUGAUGCUGAACAAACGCAACGAGAAGGUAAUGAAAUGUGAGAAGUACUGGCCAUCUGGAACUUAUAAUUAUCAUAACAUCUCUGUGACAACCACCUCAGAGACAGACCUGGAGAGUUGGAUUAUAAGAGACUUCAGAAUAAAAAAUGUGAAAACAGAAGAAACUCGUAACAUAUGCCAGUUCCACUUCACCGCGUGGCCGGAUCAUGAAAUUCCAGCAUCCACUGAAGUCCUCAUUGAUUUCAGAUGCCUGGUUAGAAAACACAUGGACCAGUACUCACGCCACUCUCCAGCUGUGGUGCAUUGCAGUUCUGGUAUGGCAACAGGGGUCUUCAUUGCCAUUGACCACCUGAUCUUCCAGAUUGAAAGAGACAGUAUGGUGGAUGUCUAUGGAGUUGUUACUGAUAUGCAAAUGCACAGGCCCCUCAUGAUACAGACUGAGGCACACUAUUCUUACCUCCACCAGUGUGCGUAUGACAUAAUUCGAUCAAGAACUGGAACUAACAUGGAUUUAAUUUAUCAGAACACAGAAGCACCGCAAAUCUAUGAGAAUACAGCAUAUCUAAAGCAAUAAAAUGGCCCUUGCCGAUUUUAUCAGACAGAUUUAAGAUUGUAUACAGUACAUUUUAAACUUGAUUUCAAAAUAAUGAAAUCCACACUUUACAUAUAGCUGGGUGUAAUUUACUUCUUGCACACUAUUCAAAACAUGAAUAACAUUUUCAUUUGAAUGAAUAAAUUAAAAAGUUAAAAACACUGAAAAUGCUGAUACACUUGAUCAUGUAAAUAUGUCUGAAAUCAAAAUAUAUAUUUUUUUACUUUUCCAAAGAUCAUAUUUGUAUAAUUUGACAUUAUAUAUUCACUGUAACCCCUCUACAUUUGUAUAAAACAUUUAUCACUUCUCAUGUUAUUUUAAA